ACCCCAAAGCGGAAAUACGUAAUAGCGGGAUCCGGUGACCGUGUAAGCAUCCAGGGCGGCGGAAUGGAAGAGGUGCCUCAGGGCUGUCCCGGGACCGGCAGCGCCCAGGCGGGCCGAGGGGCCUCAUGUCAGGGAUGCCCCAACCAGCGGCUAUGCGCUUCUGGAGCCGGCGCUACUCCGGACCCGGCCAUAGAGGAAAUCAAAGAGAAGAUGAAGACCGUGAAACAUAAAAUCUUGGUGUUGUCUGGGAAAGGCGGUGUUGGGAAAAGUACAUUCAGCGCGCAUCUGGCCCACGGCCUAGCAGAGGAUGAAAACACGCAGGUUGCCCUCCUAGACAUUGAUAUAUGUGGGCCGUCAAUUCCCAAGAUAAUGGGAUUGGAAGGAGAACAGGUUCACCAGAGCGGUUCGGGCUGGUCUCCAGUGUUCCUGGAAGACAACCUGGGGGUGAUGUCUGUGGGCUUCUUGCUCAGCGGCCCCGACGACGCUGUUAUCUGGAGGGGACCAAAGAAACACGGCAUGAUCAAGCAGUUCCUGCGGGACGUGGACUGGGGAGAGGUCGACUACCUCAUCGUGGACACCCCGCCGGGGACGUCGGACGAGCACCUCUCGGUGGUGCAGUACCUGGCCGCGGCCCACAUAGAUGGGGCAGUGAUCAUCACCACUCCUCAGGAGGUGUCCCUCCAGGAUGUGCGGAAGGAAAUUAGCUUCUGCCACAAGGUGAAGCUGCCCAUCAUCGGGGUGGUGGAGAACAUGAGCGGCUUCGUGUGCCCCAAGUGCCAGAAAGAGUCUCAAAUAUUCCCGCCGACGACCGGGGGCGCGGAGGUCAUGUGCCAGAACCUGAAGCUUCCUCUCCUCGGCAAAGUGCCUCUGGAUCCACGCAUAGGUAAGAGUUGCGACAAAGGACAGUCUUUUUUGAUCGAUGCGCCAGAUUCCCCAGCCGCGUUAGCCUACAGAAGUAUCAUUCAAAGAAUCCAAGCGUUCUGUAGUCCCCAUCAGCCCAAAGAGAGCCUUGUCAGUUCCUGAGACACGGGACAACACUGUGGACGCAAGCUGCAUGUCCAGGGAGUCCUGAGCAGCCUGGGGACAGAGUGGGCGUCACAGCGGAAAGGGACCAGGCUCUGCCACGGUGUGAAGUCACUUUUUCAGAUGCUUUAAUUGUAGUUAUUUGUACGCAUUUCUUUAGAACAUAGGCAGAGGGCAUUCUUUACAGUGUGCCAUUUAAAGAAUAAAACAUCUCCUUCA